AUGGUCGACCAAGACAUUCAUGGCGUUCACGACGCUUCAUCUCCCGAAAGCAGUACAGAGCCCAUUAAAUGGUACCGCACGCCCUUCUACAAUGCCACUAUACUUGGCUUCUGUAGCCUCGCAGCUCCUGGACUUUGGGGCGCCAUGAACUCUCUCGGCGCUGGAGGAGCUCAAGAACCUUAUCUAGUUAACACGGCCAACGCACUCACUUUCUGCCUCAUGAUCAUAUCCUGCUGGCUGACCAGUUCCCUCGUCAAGUACAUCGGCAUCAAAGGGGCGCUUGUUGCUGGAACCAUCGGCUUCGCACCAUACAGCGCAGGCUUGUACCUCAACAAUCGAUUCGGCGUGGAGUGGCUUGUCCUUCUCGGUGCGGCACUGUGCGGUAUAUCGGCCGGUAUCUUCUGGGCCUCAGAAGCAGCCAUUGCAAUCGCGUACCCGGAGCCGAAAAAUAGAGGGAAGAUGAUUGCGUAUUGGAUUACUUGGACAUGCGUGGGACGCAUUCUUGGGGGCGCAAUCAACCUUGGCCUCAACCACGAGCAGAAUACCGCUGGGAAAGUCGGGUAUACCGUGUACCUGAUCUUCAUUGCGCUGCAAUGCCUUGGUCCAUUCGUCGCACUGCUGUUGAAUCGACCGGAUAGAGUGCAGCGUUCGGAUAGGCAGCCAGUAAAGCUGGAGAUCUACGAUAACCCAUGGCAAGAAAUUAGAGCGACCACGAAAACCUUCCUGAACAAGGAGUUCCUCUUGCUCAUUUUUUGGAUCGGACAGGCCGUCUAUAGUGAGGCCGUGUACUACACCUACAUCGCGCUCUGGUUUAGUGUCCGCGCACGUUCUCUGGGCUCCUUCCUAUCCGGUGUCAUUGCGAUUGUAGUGACGAACUUGUUGGGCGCAUGGCUGGAUCAGCACAGCAUCGCGCUAAAGAAACGAGCGCGCUGGGCGUUUGGAGUCAUCAUGGUCACACAGGGUGCGUGGUGGAUCUGGCUCACCAUCAACGUCACACAGUACUCUCGAUCCGGACCGCUAUACGACUGGGCAGACGAAGGCUUUGGUCGUGCGUUCGCGCCUUUCAUUUUCCUCGUUGCGGGCUUCCAGCUAAAUUACAACUUUGCGUUCUUCUUGAUUGGUCAUAUUUCCAAGAGUCCGCAGGAGACGAUUCGCCUGGCUGCGCUGCUACGUGGUACAGAGUCAGCAUGGCAGGCGCUUAGUUACGGGUUGAAUGCUAUACCAGUCUUCGCUUCGGUGGGAGGAACAUACUUCAACUUUGGAAUUUGGGCGGUAGCGCUGCUUCCUGCGUGGUUGGUAGUCAAGACUAUCGGUGUGAGGAAGUACAACAAUGAAGCUGGCUUUGAGAGUGUAGAAAGAAGCGAGGAAACGAUUAGAGAGAAAGGCACGGAGUGA